GCAUCUUGUAUUUAGUUCUCUUGUUCAACUUUGUGCCUUCGUCUUUUGCUGGAGAGUUUUUGUGCGGCUGCCAUUUUCGAUUUCCAAAGGUUUUGAGCUUUGAAAAAUGGUGAGAAUCAGUGUGCUUAACGAUGCUCUUAAGAGUAUGUACAAUGCUGAGAAGAGAGGGAAGAGGCAAGUCAUGAUCAGGCCUUCUUCUAAAGUGAUCAUCAAGUUUCUUAUCGUCAUGCAAAAACACGGUUACAUUGGUGAGUUUGAGUACGUUGAUGACCACAGGUCGGGUAAGAUUGUGGUUGAGCUCAAUGGAAGACUAAACAAAUGUGGAGUCAUCAGUCCUCGUUUUGAUGUUGGUGUUAAGGAGAUUGAAGGUUGGACCGCUCGUCUUCUUCCUUCUAGACAGUUUGGAUACAUUGUUCUUACGACUUCGGCUGGUAUUAUGGACCACGAAGAAGCCAGGAGAAAGAAUGUUGGUGGCAAGGUUCUUGGCUUCUUUUACUGAAUCAAGAUUUGAAGAAAAGAAUCGUUAUGGUUGGUGAUACUUUGCUUCUCUUUUUGGUGAGAAGAGGAAUUCGAUGGAGCUCAAAGUUUAAGGGUAGUAGAGUUUUUGAUGCGUUCUUCUGUUUGUUUUCUUAGAUGAUAUGCCAUUUUGUUCGUUUUGGGUUUUGCGCAAAAGUUGUUAAAGAC